GAGGUGUGGUCCUGGACAACAGCCACCAAGCAAUUCUUGUGUCAUGUGUGGGAAAAAGUGAAAGUGAAGCUAAUGCUAAGCAUGUCUUUCAUCAUUGUUGUUUUUUGCUAUUGCAGAAGGCUAUACUGCUUUUUAGCACAGCUAGUGAAACGGUGGAGCAACUACCUUCAGAGAAAACUCAGAAGGAAUCUCAGUGUGCUGGCAGAAGUUGAUCUACUUGGUUAUAGUGCAAGAGAAUGGAAAGGAGAAACAAAGCAGGCCAAGCACAUGAGGGAGGCAUAUGAAGAAUUGUUUUGGAGCUGUCAUAUCAAAUACCUGCGACAAGUCAAGAAGGACAACUAUAGUGUACUAAGAGCAGUCCUUUUUCAGAUAUUCAGUCAAGGCAUUCCUUUUCCAUCAUGGAUGAAGGAGAGAGAUAUAUUGAAGCUCCCUGAAAAGCUUUUGUAUUCUCAAGGUUGCAACUGGAUUCAGCAGUACAGUUUUGGGCCAGAAAGAUACACAGGUCCCAAUGCCUUUGGUAAACUGCGCAAAUGUAUGGAGGCAUUAAAGGCAAAUUGGGCUGAAAUAAGUGCUACUAAAGAUCAUGAAGAAAGAGGAAACAUGUGUAAUAUACUAUUUUCUGAUGAGAGCAAGGAGUACAAACUAUAUGAGGCCAUAAAAUUCAUGAUGCUCUAUGAAGUUGUUGAAGCCUAUGAGCAGAUAAAAAACAGGGGAGAACCUGUACACAACCUUUUUAGCCUUCUCCUUGCUCGGGAUUCAUCGUCUGACCCUUUGAGCUUCAUGAUGAAUCAUCUGAACUCCAUAGGUGACUCUAUUUGCCUAGACCAGGUUGAACUGUUUCUUCUUGGAUACUUACUUGAAGUAAAGAUAAGAGUUCACAGACUGCAUAGGUUUAAUACUGAGGAAUUUCAAGUGAACUAUCCAGAUGAAUACCGAAGGGAAUGGAAUGAGAUUUCUCUCCUGACUGAGGAUGACCACUACUAUCACAUCCCCCUUUGCAGAACAUGA